AUGGAUAACUGCCAUACAAGAAUGAUUACUUCACACAAUGACAACCCUACAAUAGAUAAUAUUAUAACUGGUAACACACCAACAUGUAACUUCAUUUCGCUUGGUACAGACAUUAAUAAUGAAGUUAAAUUACACAAUUCACAGCUCUUGUCUACAGAUGGUUGGGAAAAUUAUCAAAAAGAACUUAUGCAGUUAUGCUUUGAAUUUUGGGAAGUAAACGAAACACAAGUCAAAGUAAACAAUAGUUUACUACAGUCUGAUACAAUAAGUGAACUACAAACUCCAUCGUCCUUAUUUGCCGAUAGUUAUCACAAAAAUGUAAUUGGAUUUGUACCAGAAGCCACUAUUGAUAAUGUUAUUUCAUACAAUUUUCAAAACAAAGUAUGUGCUAAGAUUAAUGAUGAUUCUUUAAUAAGUAAGUACGAAAACGAUCCAUAUAUUCAAGAAUUUUCUAAACCUAUAAAUAAUAAUAUGGAUGGGAAAACUAAUGAAAAUAGUUCAACAACUUUUGAUAACAGACUAAAUAAAAGAACUAAAAAAAAAAUAUCUUUCUAUAAAAACACGAGCAAACAAGUCAAACCAUCUAAAAAUGUACAACCGUUAACUUUUGAUGGCUAUAGAUCAUGCACUUUAGAAGACUUGUGGAAAUAUAAAAAAUGGUUGGACUCAGUUGAUAAAGUUAAAGAAUAUAAUCCAGAUAUAGAUAUUAUAGAUAACAAUAUCAAAGAAAACAAAUAUUCUGAUAAAGUAAACAAUUGCAAUACAUAUCCACUAAAUUUUGAAGCAAAAGAAAUGGAACAAAAGGUUCGAAAACUUAUUAAAUCGUUAAGUGAGAAAGAUAAAUUAUUCUCAAGUAUAGGAAUAAAUAAUGAGCAAUCAACUAGAUUUGGAUCAUCAAAUAAACUUAAAUAUUUUUUUAAAAACGCUUUUCGAGGAACUCAGAACGAAUUUGAUACACAAAUUUUGGAUGAUUAUACAAAAUUUAUUAAUCAAAAAUUGCAUACGUGGCAGACUUUAUUGAAUUGUUUAGAAGAUAUCAGACAAAGGAAAUCAUCUAAAAUUAAAAUGUGUGAUCCUUUGGAAGAAACGAUAAAAUAUAGGUUUUCUGAAAUAAAUUAUCAAAAUUUUAAAGUGACGGAUGACUACGACGAUAAUAAUUUCAAAUUUGUUGUAAUAAACGAUAAUUUCAACGAAAUAGGAAAGCUGAAAAAAAAUAAGUUUUUCAAAUUGCUCAACAAAACAAAAAGUUCUAUAGAUUUGCGUACACUUGUUAAACGGCCUACAGACCGAAAUAUCACAGAUAAUAUCCAAAUGAAUCAUUCCCAAUGUACUUCAAAUGUAGCCAUCGAUGGUAAAAUACUUAAAAUGGACGCUGAGAUUUUAAGCAUGAUCAAAAAUCGGAAAUCUUCAGCCAAGAUUCGAAAAAGUUUAUCGGAUACUGAUCUACCAGUCAUGUCAUCAGAUUACAACAAAAAAUCAAAACAAAUUGAUAAUAAAACCACCAUAACUAACGGAACAAAAUUAAUUACUGAAAGGUUGAUGGCAGACGAAGAAUAUAAUUGUCGUUGGGACGGCGUGACUAGAGAAUUGUGGGAGGAACGACAAGAAUGCUUUCAGACGGCUGUGGCUCGUUUAGAAUACGUAGGAAGCACGUUUAAUGAACAAGGUCGAUUGGAUGGAUUAAAAACCCUAUGCAAAGUAGACGUAUUGGCGGGUUUUGGUUAUUCAGAUUUUCAAGKAAGAAAUUGGGGUGUAUCUAUAUACAAUUUUGAAUGUUCUAAAAGUUACACGUUCAAUAUACAAGCGAUACGUAGCUUACGUACAAGCUUAGACUUCGAUACGAGUCGGUAUACGUAA